AUGCUCAGAUCGGGAGUUUCUGGAAAUAACAGCCCUGAGAGACUAGCUCGCAGUCCAUCUGCAUCAGGCACACGGAUAAGUUUGCCUGACCAAGCAUUGCCAGCGCCAACAGUGCUCUCCCCACAUAACAUACUAUAUGCAAAUAACAUCGGUCCGGGAGUCGGGCCUUCUGCGAUGUCCUUCUUCUCUCCCCGCCCUCCUCCUGCGCCACUCUUUAUCGUACCACUGACCAGAGACCCCAGCACUAUAACUGAAAACAGACAGACAAUUAUACAAUUCAGGCCGCAAGCAAAAACAAAAAAGAAGACGAGUCGCAAAAUUGUUCAGCAGAUUCUGGAAUCGUUAUUUAAAAAACUUCCUAUAAAAGCAAAAGCACCUAAUCCUAGAGCUGUUAAAGUAAUGAGACCAAAAGCUGCUAAGGAUAUUACAGAUAUCGAUAGCAGAAACCGUAGUAUUGCUGUUCAAGCUUUGUCGAAGCAUACAUGUAGUAGGAAAAUGUUGUCGGGAGACGAGGACGAGUGUUCGAGUUGCAAAUCGAGUGAAGACACGUGUCCCGAGUGCGAGCGAUCGUUUGUAUGGGCCGGGUCGGUGCGUGCUUUAAGGGACUCACACGUUCGUCUCGUUUUGCGACAGCUGAGACAGUUGCAAGACAUAGAAAAACUCAACAGGGCGCUACGAAGAGAACACGUGGAAUAA